ACGGCGGAACAAAGGAACCACUGAGCAACUCCACCUCCACAACCGAAGGGAAAAAAAAAUCAACAACCCUAUAAGACAACCCGAUAACCGCGUCUGUUUCUCCAGGCAGACUGUGUCUUGCGUUAUUACUUCAAUAUGGCUGAGACCGAUUCCUUCCUUCAUCUCGCGCGGCCUUUGGGCCCAGUGACGGUGGGGUCUGCACCAACCACUGCCCCUCUGAAUGUGGUUAUUCAACCUCAGGCUAUUUUCUCUAUCCUCGACCACUCGCUCCGCCGAAACGCCGAUCAAGAUCGAGUCAUUGGAACGCUUUUGGGAACGCGAAGUGAAGAUGGAACCGAAGUCGAAAUCCGAAGCUGUUUCGCAGUCGGACACACAGAGACCACCGAUCAAGUCGAGGUAGACAUGGAAUAUCAGAAACAGAUGCUCGCACUACACCUCAAAGCGAACCCCAAGGAAGUCCUCGUCGGCUGGUACGCCACCUCCUCAGAAUUGAACACUUUCUCCGCCUUGAUUCAGAACUUUUACGGUCAGAGUGAUGGAACAUGGCCACAUCCUGCAGUGCAUCUUACUGUCUCCACGGAGCCCGGGAAGGAUAUUGAGACUCGUGCUUAUAUCUCUGCUCCAGUCGGUGUUACCGUUGAACGGGCCGCUGAUAGCGCUGCUUUCAUUCCUGUUCCUCAUGAGAUUCGAUAUGGAGAGACUGAGAAAAAUGGUUUGGAGGCGAUUGCCAAUGCGCGGGAUGCCGAGGACCGACAGACGAAUAUCUUUACUGAUAUUGAGGCUUUGGAGCGCGCGAUCGAGGAGGUUAUUGGAAUGAUUGAUCGGGUCUCGAAAUACGUCGAGGCUGUCAUUGAUGAGGAGGCGCCCGCGUCUACUGCCCUUGGCCAAUUCUUAUUGAACGCACUUGCAUUGGCUCCUAAGGUUGAGCCUGCAGAUAUUGAACGUGACUUGUACGUUUUCCCGGUAUACUCGCAUAUAUAUAUGUCAUGGACUACAUGCUGACAUUCUUUACAGUAACAACCACAUCCAAGAUGUCCUGGUUGUCUCUUACCUUGCCAACACAAUCCGCACACAAAUGGAACUUUCAAACAGACUUGCUACCGCCCAACUCACUCUCGGAGGAGCCGAGAGCGCAAAUGCCGGUGAAUCUGGUCAACGCAACCAGCGAGGUGGCAAAGGUGGUCGAGGAGGUCGUGAGGGUCAUCAACAGCGCAACCAAGAAAGGAAUACCGAGGAAGUUCGCGCAUAAAGUAGCCGAAAAAAUGGGGAAAGUCUUUACGAAGAAAAAGAAGCACAUGCCAUGCCAUGCACAUAUCACGAUCAUGUCUGACUAUUGCUUGCUUUCAUAAAGUAUUGUCUUAUUUAGAGGGAGAUCUUCUUAAUUCUUUCCUUUCUCGUCUUUUGUCGUCGAUUUCUCUACGUCUCCUUGGCUUUGGUCAUCUCGACUACCAACAAUAGACUCGGAGGGAGACAAGAUAAGAAAUCAGAGGAAAGGGGCACGGCGUCUUGGAGUAUCCAGUCAUGUCAUAGUCAGUUGGCAUUCAUAUUAUAAAGAUAUUUAGUGAGCUAGACAUGACCUUCUAGCUUUAUUCUUCGACUGAAUGAAUGAAAUGAAACUAGAUGAUCAUUGAAUUAGUUACCCUUACUCUU